CGGGGCGGAGGCCGGAAGGGCGGGGCGACCGCAGCCACUUCCGCUUCCGCCCAGGAGAGCCCGGCGCCGCAGCCAUGAGUCGCUACAAGUUCGUGGAUAUUGGUAUCAACUUGACAGAUCCUGUAUUCAGAGGAAUUUAUAGGGGGAUUCAAAAGCAUCAAGAUGACUUACAGGAUGUAAUAAAGAGAGCUGUCCAAAUUGGUGUUAAAAAGUUUAUGAUUACAGGUGGAAAUCUACAAGACAGUAAAGAUGCACUCCAUUUGGCACAAACAAAUGAUAUGUUUUUCAGUACAGUUGGAUGUCAUCCCACAAGAUGUGAUGAAUUUGAAAAAAAUAACCCCGAUAUUUACUUAAUGGAGUUGCUAAAUCUUGCUGAAAACAACAAGGGAAAAGUUGUAGCAAUAGGGGAAUGUGGACUUGAUUUUGACCGACUACAGUUUUGUCCCAAAGAUACUCAGCUCAAAUAUUUUGAAAAACAGUUUGAACUUUCAGAUCAGACAAAACUACCCAUGUUUCUUCAUUGCCGAAACUCACAUGCUGAAUUUUUGGACAUAAUGAAAAGAAAUAGAGAUCGGUGUGUAGGGGGAGUAGUGCAUUCAUUUGAUGGUACCAAGGAAACAGCAGCUGCUUUGGUUGACCUGGAUCUCUACAUAGGAUUUAAUGGUUGCUCACUGAAAACUGAGGCUAAUUUGGAAGUUUUGAAGUCAAUACCUAGUGAAAAAUUAAUGAUUGAGACUGAUGCACCUUGGUGUGGAGUCAAAAGUACACAUGCUGGUUCAAAAUAUGUAAAAACGUCAUUUCCUACCAAAAAGAAAUGGGAAAAUGGGCACUGUUUGAAAGACAGAAAUGAACCUUGCCAUAUAAUUCAAAUACUGGAGAUAAUGGCAGCAGUAAGAGAUGAGGAUCCACUGGAAUUAGCCAAUGAGCUAUAUAACAAUACCAUUAAAGUAUUUUUUCCUGAUAUGUAAUUGCUAUGUGUUUUCCAUCAUGUAUGAAAUUUCAUGGUAAAACUUAGUUUCAAUAAAGGAAUUCUCUGGAA